AUGGCAUUGGUCCUUGCGGAGAAAUACGGCGGCAGAUGUGAUCAAUACUGUGAAAGCUUUGGUCAAGUGUGUAUCAUGGCUGCUGAAGAGCAGGAGGAGAACUGCGAGGUGAAAUAUGAAGUGCCUUGCGACCAAGCCAUCACUGGUACCUCAGACAUCCUGUGCAAGUGCGGCAAGAGCAAUGCUCCACCGCAGUGUCCAGUACCACCAAAGACCACACAAACCACAACGCCAACGCCGUCGCCCAACAAGCGCAUUCAAGUUGUGGGAAAGCAGAUCCUGGUGGAUGGCACCCCGCUGCAUUUGAAGGGCGUGGCCUGGAAUCCGGUGCCCAAGGGCGGUGCGCACCCUGCAGACCUGGACUUCUCCUCAGCGGUAGAGGAGGAUGCCAAGCUGAUGAAAAAGAUGGGCAUCAACGCUGUACGAACAUAUGAGCCCAUUACGGAUAAGCAGGUGCUGGACAUCCUGUGGGGCCAAGGCAUUUGGGUGGUCAACAGCGUCUACAACUGGGGCGGCGCAGAUGCCGACUCCGCCGCAGCCCCGGUCAAGGCGACAAAGGAUCACCCUGCCAUUCUGAUGUGGACCAUUGGAAAUGAGUGGAACUACAAUGGGCUGUAUGUUGGAAGCAGUUUCUUUGAUUGUGUGGGGAGGAUCAGAGACGUGGCGAACGUCAUUCUGGAGCAUGACACCAGCCAUCCCAUUGCAUCCAUCUAUGGUGAUGUGGGCAAAUUGGAUGAAGCGGUCGAUUCUCUGCCGGAGAUUGAGAUUUGGGGCAUCAACGCCUAUCGAGGAAUCAGCUCCCAAGCCUUGAAACCGGUAGACACCAAGCUGAGCCCCUGCGCAACUGAGAAAGGCGAAUACGGUGCGGACGCCUUCAACGCCAAGAUUUCGGGAGAAGAUCAAGAUGCACAGGCCAAAGCGACCAAGGAACUGACAGAAGAGAUUCUGGGGCAAAGCUCAGUGCUGGGCCGUCUCUUGGCCAGCCAUUACAGCCAGUCUUUGUGUUUCGAGUGGCCGGUGACAUCUGGUGACACCCGGCGCCACCAAGAUGACGAGUGGCACAAAGACAACGACGGCUCAAAGGAUCGCCACGACACAGGCGGAACCGCACCCGGAGGGGGUCCGUACCCAGACAUGACUUUCAACGAGGAGUGGUGGGGUUUGGUCAACAUCGAUCGAGAGACGCGCAAAGCAUUCGAAGCCUACAAGAAGACUGACCUACCAACCGCAGCGCAAAAGAUCACCGCCUGA